AUGGGCAUCUGCGGCAUUAAAAUAUUUGCAACUGAAGACUUGAGGAAAUCAUCAUUGAGGAAAAAUAGCAAUAAACAGUUUGUAGAAAAUGUAAAAUCACCUUUGAAGAGAGAAAAUAAGCUGAAUAUAGAUUAUUGUCAGAUCCCAAACGAUAUACAUCAGAGUAAGCAGAGAUAUAAUGAAUUAACAGACUAAGAUCCUCUGGGUUUGGUCGGUAUAUCAAAUUUAGGAAAUACUUGUUUUAUCAAUUCAGCUCUUUAAUGUCUUCUGAAUGUUUAACCCCUAAUGGAUUAUUUCUUGAGUGAUUUACAUAAUUAAGAGGUUAAUACAAAUAAUCCACUUGGAUCUAAAGGUAAAGUAACUUAUGCUUUUGCUGAUUUAGUGAACAUGAUAUGGUGUCAAAACAAUAAAUACAUUGUGCCAAAAGUAUUUUUAAAUACUAUAUAGUAGUUUUCUGCAAUAUUUGGUGAUGGUUCACAAUAAGAUUCUCAAGAAUUUUUGAUAUUUCUACUUGAUUUACUGCACGAAGAUUUAAAUAGAGUCAAAAAGAAACCUGCAAUUGAAGAUAAAGAUUAUUAAAGUGAUCAAUAUGAAACAUAUGCAGCUGAAUCCUGGAAAAAUUAUCUUCUUAGAAAUAAAUCUAUAGUAGUAGAUCUCUUUCAAGGACAACUUAAAUCAACACUAAAGUGUUUAGUUUGUGAAACUGUUUCCCACAAAUUCGAUACUUUUAUGUAUUUGAGUGUUCCAAUUCCAUAACAAGACAAGAAUUAAUCCAAAGGCAUAAUAUCUAUUGAAGAUUGCAUUGAGGAAUUCACAAAAGAAGAAAAGCUUGAUAAAAGUGAAUGGUGGCUUUGCACUUCAUGUAAAAAAAGAACGCCCUCAACAAAAAAAAUAGAUUUAUGGAAGACUCCUAACAUUCUGAUUAUCCAUUUAAAAAGAUUUUCUUUCACAAAAGAAAACAGAGGAAAAAUCAACAAAUUUAUAGAUUUCAAAAUUACUCAAUUUGAUCUCAGCUAAAAAGUUUCAGGAAAAGAAAAAAUGAGACCAAUUUAUGAUCUUUUCUCAGUUUGUAACCAUUCUGGAAAUUUAGGAGGAGGACAUUAUACAGCUUAUGCAAAGAAUAGAGAUACUCAAGAUUGGUAUUUGUUUGAUGAUUCUAAAGUUUAUUACGUGAAGAAUCCAUAUAAAGAAAUAAUUUCAUAGAAAGCUUACGUUUUAUUUUAUUCAAAGACAAGUGUUGAUAAGUUUUAGAGACAAACUAUUUCAAGACCAGAAUUUUGGCCUCACUUUAUAAAUAAUAGUAAUUCUAUUAUCAAUUAAAAUUCUUUGAAUGAUGGAACAUAAAAUUAAAAAAAAUCUGUUUCUGCACUCAGCAUUCAGAAAUAAGACUCAAGAGUAAACUAACAAAAUAUUCUUAGUCAAAACAAUAUCUCUUCAGUUAAAUCAACUCCUUAAUAAAGUAAUGGCAAAUAAUUUCAGAAUUAAAUAAGCUUAUUUGAUGACGAAAACAGACAACAAAAUUUAGAAAAAUCAAAUUAAAUGACAAGCAGAAAACAAAAUAACAACAAUGGAAAUAUGACUCCAAUUUAUGAAUAAAAACCGAAUGAGUUCUAAGAAAAUUUAGAUCGCAGCCCUAUCAUCAAAGGAAAUAAAUAGGGCGACAGUUUUAUGAAUGAUAGCGAUUUUAUGCCCAGUGUAAUCGCUUACAAUUACACUAAAUAAAAUUUCAAUGGUUAGAGACCAGAAAAGCUUGAAUUAAUAAAAAAAGAUUAAAAUUUGAAUAGUUUUUCAAUUAAACCUUAUCCUUUAAACGAAGAUGAGUACAAUAACUAAAACGAACAAUCUCAACAAACAAAUUAAAAUGAAAUGCAAUCUUAAAGAAGCUUUGAUUAAAAUGAAAACAAAAAUUUUAAAUUCAAAGUGAAACGAAUUUCAGUUAAUAAAAGAUAAAAUAAUUCUGACUCAAAAGAUAAACUAAUUGAUUAAGAUAAGUCUUUAGCUCAAAAAGACCGUCUACCUCCAUUAAUUUAAUUUAGAAAUAAUCACGAAUUUGAAGAAAACUCUUCUUUUCUUAACUAAGAGUCAUAAACAAACUAAUCAAACUAAAUCGAAGACGACAAGAAAAGACCCUCUUUUUAAAACAAUACUAACAAUAAUCAUGAUAGCACUUUUAAUAAUUCUUAUAAUAACACUAAUAAUAAUACUAAUAUAAAUUAUAUUAAUAAUAUAAGAUACUAACAAAACAGAGAAAAUUCUCCAAAUUUAUCAUUCUAUCACAAUUCUUCCAUGGGAGAAAUACCUUCUUUAGGUUCAAAACAAUACAAAACUAAAAAUAGUCAACACACUGCUACGUACAAGGGUGGAAAUGAUCAACACUUAAAUGAAUACAACUAAACAUUUGAAGUUAAUUAAAAGAUGAGAAAUGGUAAGUAAAAUCAUAUUAAUGACUAUCAAGAUAUAUUUGCUAAACCCAAUUAGAACGGUAACUAUUUAAACUCAAACCUACCAAGAAUAAUAUAAGAUGAAUAUAAUGACUAAAUUAAGCAAAAUGGCACAACUUUAAACACUCAAAUAAGUAUUCAUGAAAGACAAAGUUUAAAUGGUUAAAAAUUAGAAAGAUUUAGUGAUAGGAAGAGUAGGAAUAAUUUGAGAAACAAUGAAAUAAACUACCUUGUUUACGAAAACAGAUAGGGUUCUCAAUCUAAUUUCAUGGAUAUCUACUUAGAAAAGAAUUAAGAUUAAUAAAAUUAAUUAAUGAAUAAUCCCCAAAUAAACAGAUAGUAAAUCUAAACAGAAACUCAGAGGCAUCUCAGCUAUGACUAAGCAGGCAGAAGAAACAAAUACAAUACAUAUACACCUGAAAAACACAAAUAUUUUGCAUAAAAUGAAUCAAAAGAAGCUAAAGCUAAUACUUCUGUAGCUGUAUAAAUGUUAAUCGACAAAAAACUCACAUACAAACCUCCACUUAACAAUAACAGGAUUAAUUCAAAUGAAAACUCUUCUAAUCAAUUAAUUAUAACAGAUUCCUCUUCCAAAAAUAAAAUUGGGAAUUAAUCUUAAAUAGAUCCAAGAUAAAUCUUAGCAAGCAGUUUUAAUUCAAAUUAGAAUUCCAGCUCUAAUUAUGAAUCUAGCCCAGUUAGAGCAAAAAGAACAUCGAAUAUAGCAUCUAGCAAUUCAAACUAUAAAUAUAACAACUCUAUUUAACAAAAUAAUUCAAAUAAUUUCGUAAACAAUAAUAAUAACAACUAAAUUUCAAACCACUACCUCAAUAAUAUGAAUAGCUCUCCCUAAAAAAAUUAUAUUAAAAAUCAUUGA